UCGCCUUUCCCUUCCUUUUUUUAAGCCAAAGCUGGAUGUGUAGAUCGUCACAUGGUAUUUCCUCUCUUCAGUCUGAACAUCAGCCGACAUGUGUUAUUUAUUGCUCGGCUGCGGGAGAAGACCAGUGCGCGUACGGCUCUGGACAUAGAGGAUUAAAAAUAAAGCGUGGAGUUUUUUCUUCAAGCUACUCCUGGAAAUUACAGCGCUGUGGUCAGGUCUGGUCUGGUCUGUCCUAAAGGGACGCGAGAAUGGCGAGUCCGCCGACCACGGGCGGUCAGUCGCUGAUGGCCAGCACUGGUAAUACUAACGGCAAUAACAGCGCGAAAAAAUGUGGAUAUCUGAAGAAGCAGAAACACGGACACAAGCGCUUUUUCGUUUUAAAGGAGCCGUGUGAAGGAUUCCCUGCCCGGCUGGAGUACUAUGAGAAUGAGAAGAAAUGGAGAAACAAGUCCGCUGCGAAGAGAGUUGUUCCCUUGGACUGCUGCCUCAACGUCAGCAAGAGAGCGGACGCGAAACACAAGUAUUUAAUUGCUCUGUAUACCAAGGACGAGUAUUUUGCCGUGGCGGCUGAAAACGAGCAGGAACAGGAGAGCUGGUACCGGGCGCUGACGGACCUAAUGGCCGAGGGGAAAGUAUGUGACGGCUCGGCGUCCAACUCUGCGUCCUCGCUGGUUGGCUUCGACGAAGCGAGUUACGGUGUAAUAACGCCGGUGGCCGCCGCCUACAAGGAGGUAUGGCAGGUUAACCUGAAAUCCAGAGGACUGGGACAGAGCAGGAAUCUGAUCGGAGUGUACAGGCUCUGUCUCUCCAGCCGGAUGAUCAGCUUCGUUAAGCUCAACUCGGAGGUCGCCUCUGUUGUCUUACAGCUGAUGAACAUCCGAAGGUGCGGCCAUUCCGACAGCUUUUUCUUCAUUGAGGUGGGUCGAUCUGCCGCCAUAGGUCCUGGAGAGCUGUGGAUGCAAGCAGACGACUCAGUGGUGGCUCAGAAUAUUCAUGAAACUAUCCUGGAGGCCAUGAAAGCGAUGAAGGAGCUGUCAGAGUUCCGACCGCGCAGCAAAAGCCAGUCAUCUAGCACCAACCCCAUCUCUGUGCCAACAAGGAGGCAUCUGAAUAAUCUCCCCCCGAGCCAGACCGGCCUCCCCCGGAGGUCCCGCACUGACAGCACUUCUGCCAUCUCUCCUGUGAGUAGUAAAUGCUUGUCUUGUCGUAUACGCACGGCCAGCGAGGGCGAUGGCACCAUGACACGCCCAAUGUCUGUCAACGGGAGCCCCCUCAGCCCUGGGGUCCAUAGGACCCUUCUGAGCCGAUCUCACACCAUAACAGCACGCCCCUCUUUGAGUUUUGAAUCGUCUACUCUCCAGCACAGUAAGUCAAUGUCUAUGCCACUUUCUCAUUCUCCCCCUGUGGCCACCCCAUGCCCAGGAAAUGUGUCCUCUUGUGUAGACAACAGUGUCCCCCGCCCUUCCAGCUGCAGUGCCUCCUUCUCAGGCUCCCCCAGUGAUGCAGGCUUUAUAUCAUGUGAGGAAUAUGGCUCCAGUCCUGCUGAUGCACGGGACCUGAGGUUACCUCUAACCCUUCGCAGCAACACUCCUGAGUCUCUCAAAGCAGACACCCCUCCCUCCAGGGAUGGGAGUGAACUUGAUGGCUACAUGGUGAUGGAGAGGCAAAAUCAGAACGGUUACCGGCGGCUGUCAGAGCUGGAUAAAGUGUAUCGAAAGCGAACAUACUCCCUUACUACCCCCCGCCAGCAGAGGCGUCCCCCUCAAGUGUCAUCUGCCUCUCUGGAUGAGCACACCCUCAUGAGGGCCACGUACACCAGUGGAAGCCAGUCUUCUUUGAGGUGUCACACAGCCUCACCUAAAGGAAACGGGCUAGAAGAUUACAGGGAUGUUCACAGCAGCUCUAACAGUCUCCAUGGUGACAGCGGCUACAUGCCCAUGAUGCCCGGCGUGGCGCCCCAGGCCCCAGGGUCCAGGGACGACCCGUACAUGCCCAUGAGCCCCAUGUGUGUUUCUGCCCCAAAGCAGAUUAUUAACCCCCGUUCACACUCCUGCACCAGAGGGCUGGCCCCACGGACAGACUCCCCUGGGAGUGUUUCUCUAGAGGACAGUGGUUACAUGCCCAUGUGGUGCGGACACAAGAUGUCAGUGGAAAGCAGUGAUGGAAAGCCAAACAAUGGAGAAUACCUGUACAUGUCUCCCGUUGAUGCUUUGGUCUCUCUCACCCCCCCUGACCACCUUCUAAGCCCCUCAGGAGACCCACAACCCCAGCAUAGACAGUCUUAUUGUUACAACUCUCUACCAAGAGCAGUCAAAGCACAGUUGCAGCGAAAUGGGUCUGCUGACACUGACCAGUAUGUUGUAAUGAGUUUACAGAGACAACGGAUAGAAGAAGAAUCCAACAGUGAUCCUGUCUCACCUGGAGAAUCUGGAAGCAGCAGCUCUUCAGGUACACCAGGCACCCUGUCCUCUCUUUCUUCUCCUCUCAGACUGACUCGGCUAGAUGGAGGCCUGUUGCACCGCAGUAGGGUGUGUCGGCCCACCCGCCUGGCUCUGGAAUCCCUUAGAACACUACCAUGUAUGAACGAGCAUCCCCUUCCCUCAGAGCCACGCAGCCCUGGAGAGUACAUCAACAUAGAUUUUGGUAGUGUGGCCAAUGUCCCACUAACGGAGAGCUCAGAGGCUAGAAGCGUAAUGUGUACAGAGGAGGGAUCCCUGUUGCUGUCAGACUAUUCUAACAUUGAUAUCGGCUCAUCAGUUCACAUUGAAUCACACCAAGUAGAGGGCUCCCAUCCAGUAGGGGGUGUGAACCACACACCUGAAGUCUUAAUCUGCUCGAGUAUGGUGAACACCCAGCAGGACACACAGGGAGCUGAUGGGGAAGAUGAUAAAAAGAGAUUGGAGGGAGAGACGACAGAGAUGGGACAGAAAGGGAGUCCUAAGUGUGAGCCUGCUCUUACCAAAGGUGACUACACCGAGAUGACCUUUGGGCCCUCUGCUCCUUUAUCUGUUCUCUGCACCAGUGAGGCCACCCCCCUCCCCACCAGCCCCACUGCAUGUGUGAAGAGACUCAGCCUUGAGAGCAGCAUAGUGGAUAUGGUGCCCCCUGUGCCAGUGGAUUCUUUCUUUCUUGGGGGUCCUCCGUUGGCUCUCACAGUUGUAGAUCCAAAUCGGGGGGCCAAAGUUAUCCGGGCUGACCCUCAGGGACGUCGCCGGCAUAGCUCCGAGACCUUCUCCUCCACCACCACUGUGACACCCGUGUGCCCGUCUUUUGCCCACGACACCAAGCGGCACAGCUCCGCCUCUGUGGAGAACGUGUCCCGCUCUGUCUGCAGCAGUGAGGAGCCCGGUGAGGACCACAGCAGCCCCAUGUGCAGGGAAACAUCAACAGGGUAUCAAAACGGACUGAACUACAUUGCCUUAAACUUAAUGGAGGGGAACCUUGGGGCAGGCAGGUUAGGGGGAUGCGACGAAUUCUUGAGGUUCAAGACACCCUGUGGCUGCAAAGAGGGCCUAAAUGGAUUCAGCGCCAGCCCCUUUGCCAGCCUUGGAUUCAAGGAGACUACUACUGCUGCUGUGAAAGAAUGAAGACUGAUGGGGCUUCCCACCUCUGCUCCUCUACUUCCUCCCUUUUCUGUGAAAAUCUAACUCUGCUGCAUCCAGAUGACAAGGUCACCACUGCAACAGCUGGACAGCUGACGUCCCUUCACCUCUUUGCUGCCCUCUUUGGGGGUCUUUGGGACAGCCAGAACCAUGGAAACACGGACAUUUGACCCUUGACCCUUGACCUAAAUCCUCCCUCUCCUUUUUUCUCUGCACCCAAACAUCCAGGUGCCAUUGCUGCUGUAGUGCUAGACAAAGAACUCUAACAGAAUAUGAAACUCUAACACUAGAUGGGUAACUAUCUCUGUUCUUAGGCCUUCAAACUCUUCUGCAGUAUAUCAUUAGAUCAUUACCUGUUAUAGUCUAUUCCAUUUCCAGACUUGGAAUCUGGUUUUAUUUUGGCUUCAGCCAAGUAGUUGUCAGAUUUUUCUCACCUGAAAACCUGUGAACCAAACCUGGAGAGAAUGCUUACACAACUACAUGCAAAGAAAACUUUCAUGAAUACGGAUAACAUGUAUUUAUUUAUUUAUCUAUGGUGUAUGUAUGUAUUAAAUGAAACGGUUGUGAGAAUUUGUAUACAGGGUUCUGCUGCAAAAAGAGACGGCAUUUGUGAGCAUAUUUAAAAGUCAAAGGUAAUGUUUGCUUACACAAGAAAAAAAAAAGCCUACCUCAACACCGAGUCAAACAGUAGAAAUAUAUAUAAAAUAUUUAUUUUCAGAGGUGAAUGUUAAAGUAAAAUGCAAAAAAAAAAAAAAAAGACAUCAAUCCAAAGCCUUACUCAAGCCAUCAGCCUCAUUCUGAUGGAUCAUUUUAGUUUGGACCGUUAAGUACACAGUAUAAAAGAUUUACCCAAUCAAUUUACCUGACUGAAUGUUCAUCAGAGCCAGCCUCUCUGAGAUUAAGUUUCUUAUCUUGCCACAUGUAUGACUAAAAAAUAUGUAUUCAAAUUCCAGAGUAAUAUAUUUAUUAUUAUCCUUCACAUGGUGUUUUCACACACACAAAAAAAUAAUACCAGGAGGACCUUAGGAGUACCACAGGCGCAGGCAGUGAGCAUCACAUCUGUGUCUGCCUGCCUGAGUCAUCCUGCAGGAAGCUAUGAUCCACCUGGACUAGGCAUGGGCUUGUACGAGAUUCUAAUGUCAUUGUAACUUUGAGGAAAAAUGCCACAGUUUCACAGUACGGAGGUAUUCACACAGAAAUCUUAAACAAAAGUUUAAAACACUCCCGCUGUUAUUUAAACAGAAGCAUAUAUUAAUUACUCUUGUAAUAGUGUUAUGUUUAAUAUUUAUUUAUUUUUGACACAAAUCUAAGCAAAACAUUACAGCAAAAACGUGAUAUAAUUUGCUAUCUUUUUUAAGGUCUUAUUCUGAAGAACAUAGUUAUUGGUAAUCGGGUUAAUUAUGUCUGUUUGGUUAGCUACGCUGUUUUAGCUAGUAAAAUAUUUUUACCUUAACAAGAAUAAUGGACGCUCUUGUGAUUUCCACAUCAUGUCUGUCCUCGUUUUUGCCACCCAGAAAUAUUUUCAAACAGCUAAAUUUGUCUGUCUUGUGAAUGAGGGAAAAUGUUAUACCCUUUCCUCAGCCUGCUGACCAGCAGUUGCUGGGAGAGGAGUGGUGGGCGCAGCUCUUUAACUCUUAACUUCGUCAAACAACUAGAGAAAAUUAGAGCAGUUUUACAAGCUAAACGUUUUGAAACCUUGAUGCCGGUAACCGGCCCAUGCCAAGUCAGGACAAGGGACAGGAGAAUGAAUGUUUGCGAGCGAUUUAAACAGCCUAUAGUAUUUUUCCCUCACCUGAUGCCUCAUUGCAGAGCUCCACCACCAAAGCAAUGUGGCACACACACCUCGUGGUACCGCAGGGCCCGGCCCUCUGAUUAGCCUUCUCUGCACGGUCCUGCAUUUACAAACUUUCCAGAUUGUAACACAAGACACGCUGAAUGUAGUACGUGCUGUGUUCUGGGGCUGGGAACACAGGCUCCAACAACGCAACAUCCAGAUCUAAUCACUGGGAACCAUCAUACUUAUACUCGCCGAACGAAAGAGAUAAACCAAGGAAGCAUCUUCUUAUUUAUCUGAACUCACAGGUACCUAACCUUCGCCUAUAUUCUGUAAAUAGUGCGGUGUUACAGAGAAUUACAUCUGAGCAAAUGCUGAGAAAAUGUCACAGGUGUUAAGUUAAAUAAUAUGUUUGUACUGUACAUAGUGUGUUUGAACUUUUUCUGAUACAACAAAAGCACUAAUUAAGUUAUAUGCUAACCAACAAGGUUUGGCUUUUGAUUUUUUUUUUUUUUUUACUGUCAUUGGGAUAGCCUUGCAAAAUGGAUGCCACUAUAAGGACAUUUUCUAAUGCUGUAAUUCUGAAAAAUGAUAAAAUGAAAAAAAUUUAAAGAAAUUAUUAAUACUUGACACAAUUACUUCUUGAUACUUAGGUACAACACACAUGGCAUCUAUGCAAUAAUUACACGUUUUGAAAAUUAGUUUACAGAGAUAAACCAAAUGUCGGAAUAAUGUUACUAAUGUUUUUAAAGGUUUAAAUCAAAAAUGUUUGCCGUUUGUACAAAUUUUGUCCUCCAAUUUUGAAAUGGAAAAUUUUUUGGCUUUUCUUUCUCUUUUUCUUUUUGCUAAUGAAAUAUUUUGGAUGUUUUGAGCAGUGUUUUGCAUUUUGGAGAAUGUUUUUAUUCAGCAUCAUAAAAGGUUACGACAUGGGCUGUGGCUUCCCUUGCUGUGUCUUCAUUGUAAAUAUUUCAUAACAUGCACAUCAUGAUUCUACUAAGAAAUUAUAAUUUAAACUUAGCUUAUUGCUUUAGAUUGUAUUGAUUCUUUAUAGAUACAUGCAAUAAAUAAUAUUUAAAAAAAUAAA